AUGAGAUUAUUCGCAUUGAUAUUAGUAGUUUUGUUGGCUAGUUGGACAUUGCCAUGGGCAUCUGGUAAAAAUAACUAUGCAAUUUAUUUUUCACAUCCACAUAUCAUCCUUUGCUUAGGUUCACAGUUGGAUUGUUCGAUUUACAAUUCGAACAAAGCAAUCAUUCAAUCAUUACCAUUUCGAGUUGACAUCAAUCCAAGUGUUAACCUUUCCGGUAGUUCUUAUGUUCGAGUGGACUAUGGAGGAAGAGUGACCGAUUUGACUUUAACUAUGGUAGACAGCAUUCCAACAUCAAUAUUUUGUCUGGACAGUUUAAAAUCAUUGACCAUUCAAUAUGGAACUAGUCUGACCAUUCCUCCUGAAAUUGCUCGCCUUCGUUCCUAUUUGACUUCCCUCAGUUUGAUCAAAAUUUCUUCUAGCCUUACUCUUCCUUCAGAACUAUUCAAUCUGACUAAUUUGGUUAGUCUGUCCAUUAUCUCUUGUGGUCUAGAAACACUACCUGAUGCCAUCAGUCAAUUGUCGGCACUCAAUGAAUUGGAUUUAACUGGAAAUCGAUUGACAUCAAUACCAGUGACAUUGGCACAGAUAUCUCUUUUAAGAACAUUAGUUUUGAAUGCCAAUCCUGGACUUACUUCACUCGAUAAUUUACAAGGUACACAGUUUUUGUGGAAUCUAAAUGCAUCAAACUGUUUCAUUGAUCAUUUACCAAUGAAUGUGAGCAAUACUGGUGUGAUUGAAUUGAAUGGGAAUCAACUCACUUCAUUGGCUAAUCUCGAAACAAUAAUAUCCGAUAUUACUACAGUAAUUAGUUUGAAGAACAAUAAUAUAACAGUUCUUCCCACUACAAUUCGAAAAGCAACAAAAUUAGAAAUUCUCGAUUUAUCCAACAAUCAAUUGACUGAAUUACCCGAAGUGGUUUAUAGUCUGUCAGCAUUGAAAACACUUAUUCUAUCGAAAAACUCAUUCAGUCGUUUGGAAAUCGAAUGGAUUCAAGGUCGUUUUCGAACCAUGAGUGCGGUGGUCAUUUUAUGA